ACGCAUGCGCAGUGACUUUGUUGACAGUGGAUGCAAGCUUUCGAACUGCUGCAAAGAUGGGAAAGAAAAACAAUGAUCUUACAACCAUAAAUCCCGCUCUUGUUCCAUCAGCAGCCUUUACUGUUGUUCCAAGAACACCUGCUCCAGAACAUAUUAAUGCCACAGCAUUAGGAGGUUCUGCAGAAGUUCUAAGUUCAUCUUUGCUAGGGAGACCUGCAGUUCCAGGACCAACUCAUGAUGAUGAACCAUUUAGUGACCCAGAAAGUAGUCUUUAUGACUACCAGGUCAUGGAGGAUGCUGGAUACUCAUCAGUGGAGAUGUUAGCAAUUUCUAGACAACGACGUGGCACAGGUCGUGCACCAGCAGGAGUUCCUCCAGGUCAGGAACAUGAUAUUUAUGAACAUCAGCAAGUUCAGGAUCUUGAUUCACCAACAAUACAGCAGAAUCCCGAGGCAUUGUAUUCCAUGCCUCUUAAACGAGGACAGAGGGUACAAUCUUCCAAUACAAUGCAGACUACACAGGAAGUUCGAGAUGCCAUGCAACAAGUUCAUGAUCUGUCUUCAGAUGAAGAAGCAGGACCAUCUAACAAGAGACAAAGUAGUCGACCAAGAAAACGGCCUAUGAGAAAAUCAGAGAAACAAAAUAGUGCAAGGAGUGCUAGAAGUUUACAUUUUCCAGUAGAACAUGAAGUUCCUGUUCAAGAAAUUAUUGUGCACCAUUCUGUAAGCACUCCAGUACAAACACCAAAAACACCAAAAGCACAUGCACAUAUGGUGGAAGAUAAAAUAGUAAAGGAAAAUAUGGAACCAGUAAGGUCAAGUCACAAUAGAUAUCACAGCAGCAGCCCAGGUCCAUUAAGUGCCAGGUCAGGACAACAGUCAGCACGUAGUGUAACUAUGGCUGAUGAUCGUAUGAGAUCUCUAGAGGCUGAAAGGGAGCAUCUGACAACAUUAACACAUCAGCUAGAGAAUGAGGUGCAAACAUACAGAGAAGUUGUCUCAACAUAUGAAAGUGGAGACAGUGAAACGGCACAAUCCCUGUUGACAAAGAAACAGAUCAAUGACCUUAAAUUGGAGAAUGAGUCGUUAAAGAGUUCUAUACAAAGACUGAAUGUAGAACUGAGUGCAUACCAGGCUAAAUAUAGACCAGUCAAUGAUCAACAGGGAAACAUGAUGGGAAUGCCGUCUAAUGGACCACCACCUUCUUGGCUGAAUAUAAAUGAAGAUCCUCAUACAGAUCAUCCUAUUAUAAGGGAAUUUAACAUACGCUACCUCAAUCCUUUAUUUUUGGCAUAUGAUGAUCGUAUAAAGGAAAGAGAAGAAACUAUAAGGAAAUGUCAGAGUGAGUUAGAGGCAUUACAGGCAAGAUGUGAAGCUGUAGUAAAAGAGAAUGAUAGAUUACAUGCUAGAUUACAACAAAGUGGAACUGGGCAUGUAGAUUAUCUAGAAUGGGAACAAAUGAAGGAGAAUGCAAGGUUGGUUUUAGAAGAGAACCAGAAUUUACUGGAACAAGUGAGUGUUAAAGACCAGAAAACUCAUGAUGUACACCAGGCUCAUCUGCGAGAAGUAAACAAGUUAUGUAAAUCAUUGGUGCAAGUUAAAGCUGAGAAAGCUGAUUUGGAGACAGAAAUUGAGGAAUUAAGACAAUCUUAUAAAGACAUUAAACAGAAAUAUGAUAAAAUGGUGCUUCAAAAUCAGGGUCUUAUUACACAAGAACAACAUAUUCAGGAAAUAUCGGAGCUUAAACAGAAACUUAGUGAUGUAACAGAACAGCAUAGACAGGAAGUAGACAGCAUUAAUAACAAAUUACAUGCAUCUCAAGUUGAAAGGAAAACACUUGGUGCUCAGGUUUUAGAAUUAACUUCAGAGAACAGAAGACAUCAGAUGGAGGCCAGACUAAUGCAUAAAUCAGUCAGGAAAGCGCAGCAAAAGAUGAUGUUUUUACAACAAGCAAUAGAGCAAUCAGAGAACAAGGAAAUGUCAGUACAGGAAUAUAUGUCCUCAUUAAUUAAAGUUGCUGAAAAAAGUGCAUUUGAACGAGACACUUAUGAGAAAGUUGCCAAAGAACAUGAAAUAGAAUCAAAGAAAGCAAUGAAAAGAUUAUUACAGGGCACGAUUACUGUUGGAAAAAUGGAGGAAAAAUUAAAAUUAUACAAAAUGAAGGCAGCAGCAAGAAUAAGCACUGUAGCUGAAAGGUUAAAAGAACAGGAAGAAAUGUUUAACUUACAAAAGAAAGAAUAUGAAAGAGAAAUCAAACAUCUGAGAAUGUUGAUUAAAGAAAAGGAAGAUUAUAUACAAGAAGUUAUAGUUGAAAAAAGAGAUAUAGAAGAACAAAUGGAGGCAGUUUGGCAGUCAGCCAAUUCAGAAAAUGUUAGAAUUAAAGAUGAAUUAAAAAGGAAUGUAACACAGUUAAGAAAACACCCUGGUUUAUCAGAGGCAUUAGAUGAACAGAAUAGACUAAAUACAAUAGAUAUAUCUUCUGAUGAUAAUGCUGUCAUAAAGGUCACUGAUGAUUGAAAACAUCGUGUUAACAUUCAAAUAUACUCCUCAUAACACUUAUACUGUAUUGUUAGGAGAAGUCAACAGACAUUAAAUUAACACUGGAGAACAUUUGAGCUCAUAGUGUUUACUUGUGAGCUUUUGUGAUAACGUGAUAUCAGUACUGUGAUUUUGUAAUGUACAGUUUCAUACAGAAUACAUUGCUUAGGAACCAAAUAGUAUAUGUAUUACCUAACUUCACAAGAAUGAUCGUUAGGUGGUAUUCUACAAAAAUUAUAUAGUUUCAGUCUGGUGUUUAAGUAACAGUUGAAAAUAAGAAACUCUGAAACUUAGAUGUUACUACCAUAAAACUUUUGUCAGUUAUACUCCACCCUGGUGGUGACCUAGUUUAUAUAAAUAUAUUUAAAUUGUCUUCUGUGGCGCUGCAUUGUAUCUUUUAUCAUAAGUUCAUUAUAUUAAGAAAGAUAAAGUUAUCAUCAAUUCUUCACAUGCAUGCAUGUAUUGUAUGUUGAGUGUAUAUUAGCAAAUAUUUGCAUUUGUAGUUCAACACUGCCAGCAGUUUUAUCA